AACCUGAUUCGAGAAGAACAAGAAGCAAAUAUUAGUGAUUGGAAAGCAUCCGAGGUCGUGAAUUGUGCUGGUGAUUGUUUUAUUUCGGCUUCUAAAAGUGUUAUUUUAAUUCAAAAAGUGAUAUCAGUGGCACCCAACCAUCCCAAUGGAACGCCGAACAAAGCUGAAAACCCUAAACAAGCACAUUACGUGCGAGAUUUGCACUGGUUACUUCAUCGAUGCAACCACGGUCACAGAGUGUUUGCAUACGUUUUGCAAAAGUUGUCUGGUUAAACAUUUAGAGGAAUCCAACACAUGUCCCACUUGCAACAACGUUAUCCACCAGUCACAUCCCUUGCAGUACAUCAGCUUCGACCGUACGAUGCAGGAUAUAGUGUUUAAACUGGUGCCAAACCUGAUGGAAAAUGAACUGCAACGGGAACGAGAGUUUUAUAAAUCACGCAAUUUGCCCUGUCCGAAGGAUCUUCCACUGCUGCAGCAGGAAAACGACGAUAGAGCGAACGAGCUGGCCCACCAGGAGGCAGACUAUCACCGGCUGGACAAGCAGGUAAACCUGUGUCUGGAGAGCGUAAGCAACAACUUGCGACACCUGAAGCGCCGUUUCAUCCGGUGCAGUUCUCAGGCGACCAUAACGCAUCUGAAAAAGUUCAUCGCCAAGAAGGUACUGAACGGAAUCGAACGCUACAAAGAUAUCGACAUCCUGUGCAACGACGAACUGCUCGGCAAGGAUCACACCCUCCAGUUCGUGUACGUCACCCGGCAGCGGUUCAAAGAACCCCCGCUGCGGCUGCAGUAUCGUCCACGGGUGGAUUUGUAGGUUUGUUGCGGGGGUGUUUUGAGAGAGUAUUUUUUAAGGAAUCUACAUUUGAAACAAAAAGGGAAAUGUUUUUUUUUUUGUAUUAAAUUGAAGAGGAUCAACAUCGCAUACCUGAAAUUUUAUUUUCUGAAGCAAUAAAAUUGAGUUAUACAUUUUAAGAUGUAGAGUGCUGCUCGUAUUACUUUUCGAAGAAGUUAAUAAAAGCCAACAGUUUGUUUAAUACUCGGAUGCAUCACAAUCUUUCCUCACAUAACAGCAUAUAAAAUACUAUGCAAUAUAUUUUAAUGUAGAAUAUGUAAUAUAAUAAACAUUUAAUUUGAUCAAUAUAUGAUAAAAACAAAA